AUGUUCUGGACAAAGACUGAUGAUUUUAAACAAUGCCAGAAUUCUGUUUACCAGAAGUUACAUAAGAUGUGUUAUCAUGGAACAAACACAGGUGACAAGGUAUAUGAAUGGAAGAUAGGCUUUAUCUCCAAGUCUCACUUGACUAAGCAUCAGAGAACUCAAGCAGGGGAGAAACCUUAUGACUGUAAUGUAUGUGGAAAAGCUUACCUCACCCAUUCACUUCUCACUGUUCAUUAUCAAACUCACACUGGUUAUAAGUCCUACGAAUGUAGCAAAUGUGCAAAAACCUCCAUUCUGAACUCAGAUCCUAAUAAGUAUCAGAGAACUCAUAUAGGUGAGAAGCCUUAUGAAUGUGGAAAAGCUUACAUCACCAAGUCACAGCUUACAGUGCUUCAUCAAACACAUACAUGUGAAACGCCAUAUGAAUGUUUGGAAUGUAGAAAACCUUUAAUCUCCAAGUCAUGCCUCAUGACGCAUCAGAAAACUCACACAGGUGAGAAGCCAUAUGAAUGUACUGAGUGUGGGAAAGCUUUCAUCUCCCAUUCAAAACUUAAUAGGCAUAAGACAACUCAUACAGGUGAAAAGCCAUAUGAAUGUACUGAGUGUCGGAAAGCUUUCUUCUCCAAGUCAUAUCUCACAGAACAUCAGAAAACUCAUGCAGGUGAGAAGCCAUAUGAAUGUUUUAAAUGUGGGAAAUCCUUCCUCUACAAGUCAAAAUUAAUUGCUCACUUUAGAAUUCAUACAGGGGAGAAACCAUCUGAAUGUACUGAAUGUGGGAAAAAAUUCAACUCCAAGUCAUAUCUUAUUAAGCAUCAGAGAACUCACAUAGGUGAGUGGCCAUAUGAAUGUACUAAAUGUGAGAGAUCCUUCAUGUCCAGGACACACCUAAUGACUCAUUGGAGAACUCAUACAGGUGAGAAGCCAUAUGAAUGUACUGUUUGUGGGAAAGCCUUCAUCUCCAAGUCUGGUUUUAGUGUGCAUCAGAGAACUCACACAGGUGAAAAGUCAUGUGAAUGUACUGUAUGUGGGAAAGCCUUGUUCUCCAAGUCAUGUCUUAUUAUGCAUCACACAAUUCACACAGGUGAAAAGCCAUAUGAUUGUGCUCAAUGUGAGAAGACCUUCAUCUGUAAGUCACAUCUUAUUAGUCAUCAAAGAACUCACAUUGGUGAAAGGCCAUAUAAAUGUACCAAAUGUGAGAAAACGUUCAUCCACAAGUCACAUCUCAUUAGGCAUCAGAGAACUCACACAGGAGAAAGGCCAUAUGAUUGUACUGAAUGUGGGAGAGCCUUCGCCUGCAAUUCAUAUCUUAAAUUGCAUAAGAGAACUCACACAGGUGAGAAGCCAUACGAAUGUACUGAAUGUGGGAAAGCCUUCACCAUCAAAAUAUACCUUAAUAGGCAUCAGAGGUCUCACACAGGUGAAAAGCCAUAUGAAUGUACCGAAUGUGGGAAAGCCUUUAACCAGAAGACACAUCUCACUAACCACCAGAGAACUCACACAAAUGAAAAGCCAUAUGAAUGUUGUAAAUGCAAGAAAGCUUUCAUCUACAAGUCAAAUCUUAUUAGGCAUCAGAGAACUCAUACAGGUGAAAAAUCACAUGAAUACUGA